AUGGACUCGCCUGACGAUAUUCCGCUAUUCUCCCUUCCACCGGAGCUCCGAAAUAGCAUCUACGACCGAGUCUUUCACGGCGACAUAUCCAACGCAGACUCACUCGCGCUCAUGAGGGCAUCUCAAGAGCUGCAUGUCCAGGCAGGCUCCCACUUCUACGCCAAUAACAACUUCGUGCUCAAGCUCCCGGGCCCUGUCGUGCCUGGUGCUACAGUCUUGCCGCCUAUCAACGACCGCUACCUGCCAUUCCUCAAGGAUAUCGGAAUUGAGAUCGAUGUAGGCUGCCCGGUCCGCCAGCGGGUGCAAGAGAUAGCUGCAGCCAUCCAAAGCCUCACCACCAUCGGCGCGGAGUUUGAUAAGAUAUCCUUCCUAAUCCAAUUUUCGCCUGAAUUGUCGUUCUUCCUGCAGGAUAGGUACGAUGAUGCCAUCCUCGGCGAAUCCCACCCGAUCACCACUGCCCUAGACCAGCUUCUUAGCUCUGGCUCCAAGUCUGUCCAGAUCUGGAUGAAUAGAGCAUGGUUUGCCCCAGGUGUUGCCACGAAGAUGAGAGCCUGUUACGGCUCGCGUCUCAAAUUUAUGCGUCUUAAUGAUGAGCACAAGCUGAUCGACCUCGACGACCCCAUGGUGUACGAGAAGGCCUCGGUUGGUCGCUGCUCUUGUACCCCUCUCAAGGUAUUCGGCACAAUUGCGGAUGGAAGCGAAGACUUGAAUACCGCGAUCGGCCUGGAUCUCGACUUGAUCGAGCCCAUCCUAGACCUGGAUACCAACGAUAACGAGCCAUUCCACAACGUGGACGAAGACACAGUUACAAAGAUUGAGGAAGAUCUGAACGACGAAGACGAUGUCGACAUGGAAGAUGCUCUGAUGCCCCUUGAUCCCGGAGAAGCGGAUGCAAUCGUGGAGAACUGGGAGCACACUUCUAGUCUACUUGCCCAUGAGGACAGAAUGACGCAGGAAAUAGAGUUUCUUGUGGCCAUGGCCCCUCACAUGCUAUCUCCAUCUUCGGGAACAGCUGGGAUGGUGGCAGCCGCUCACCUAGGGGGCGUUCUGACUGCACGUUGA